AUGCAAUUUGCAGUAUGUGAGUGCAUAGAAAAGUUUUUAGCAAUAUGUAUAGCAAAAUGGUCAAGCUAUUCAACGCGUGCAGCUGUAAGUGUGCCGACCUGUCCAUCUGGCUACGAAUUCUUUGGAGGGUUAUGCUACGGAAUACAAAAUUACGGCUCGCGUACAUUUACCAAUGCCGAGAUUUUUUGUGCAGGCUUGGGCGGAAAGGUAGUUGCCCCAAACUCUUCGGAACGAUUAGCUGCUGCUACCUCUGGCGUGCAGAAUAAUAAGCUUUACUGGCUGAAUUUAUAUGACACUCAUAACUUAAAUGGCCCAAAUGACUUUGUAUGGCUGAACUUGAAUAAGACUACGGGAACUUAUACAAAUUGGGAAACAAACGAACCGAACGUUGCCGGAUAUCGAUGCGUCAUUAUAGGAUAUGUUAGUGGCAACUGGAAAUGGAAAACUCACUCUUGUACCUCUAAAGUACGCACAAUAUGCGAACUAUAUCCAACCUAUAUCAUAAUUUCAUCAUUAUCAAGUUCAAUAAUAACACAUCCUACAAGCACCAGUAAUACGCAGCUUCCUACACCAACACUAACGGAAACCUAUACAUUAACAUCAGAUAGUCCUACCCCAAUACUAAGGGAAAUCUAUACAUUAACAUCAGAUAGUUCUACCCCAACACUGACGGAAAUAUAUCCAUCAAUAUCAGAUAGUCCCACUCCAGCACUAACGGAAAUCUAUACAUUAACAUCAGAUAGUUCUAUUCCAAUACUAACGGAAAUAUAUCCAUCAAUAUCAGAUAGUCCUACUCCAGCACUAACGGAAAUCUAUACAUUAACAUCAGAUAGUGAGUUAAUACAUGAUUCGAGUACAACGACACGGUUUGAUACCGCUUUAUCAAGUGAAGAAACCCUCUACGAUUCCUUAACAUACGACUAUUCCAUCUCAUCCCCGAAUUUAACUCAGUCAUCUUUAUAUGGAUCUGCUAUUAUUAUUGAUUCAGCUUUUUCUCAUAAGAUGAGUGCAACGACAUUUUUUAAUGCCAUUCUAUCUUCGGAGGAAAUACUUGGCAAUUCUCUUACGGUUUCAAACGUAAUCUUAUCCCCAACCAAUGUUAUGCAAUCAUUGCUCGAAACUAGCCUAUUCACCAAAGAAAGCAUGGAUGGUUACAUAACGCCUUUGAAUAGCGUUCCAUUAUCAAGCUUUAUUACUCAAGCAUCACCAUGGUCGGAGUCGAUUUAUUGCACUUAUGGAAUGAGUGUAUCCAUUUCUAGUUCAACAACGAAUACUACGAUAACCUCUAUAUCAAUUUCUGAUGAGGUUGCAAGUACAUUAGAAUUACGUGUAAAAACAUCGGCUUCGGAGGUAGUUACAGGCAUCAAUGGGGUAGUAGUUGAGACAUCGGGCUAUAGUGAAAUUAGUAUGUUCGAUUCUAUACAGUCUACUAACGCUAAUAUUAAUGCCACUGUAGUCAUUUCACCUACUUCUGCAAGCGAUAGAAGCAGAGAUAUUUUACUCCCUGUUGAAAGCAGUCAAAGAAAUGGAGCACCGGAGUUUUUGACACCUACUGCACAUUUCCAAAUUUCCAAGAAUCAGACAAGCUUUACAAGGAAGCAAUGCAUUACUAUACUGACUGAUCUUCAAAAAGCUCUUAAAACAAAUAGUACUAUUAAUGUAGAUGAUCUAAUCAUUGCACGGGAAGCAUUGUUAAAGCUGAAUCAUCCAGUCAACCUAAACGACUCAGUAAAUCAAACAGAUUAUGCCAAGGUUUAUUUUAGCACUCUUAGCAUUCUAACUUCAAAGCAUGACCUGAAUGCAUGGCGUGAAACUAUUAAGAAAGUUGCAAUAUCCGCAGAUGUUUUGAACGCAACGGACCAAGUCGCAAAAGUUGUUAGCCAUGUUUUAGCCGUUAAUCAGUCGUUUAUAUUCAAAUCUCCUAACCUAGAUGUGGAUAUUGUCAAAGAAUCAUCAUCCAUAUAUAUCAAUCACGGAUUUUUUAUGCAGGCGACAGAAAUCGCAGGUCCUAAUUCAAUGAUAAAAUAUUCCUUGAAAUUACCACCAUCUGAUCUUGCCACAGAAACAGAUAAUGUAGCCGUCUCCGUUAGCGUAUAUAAAUCCCUACAAUAUAUCAUGAACAAGCAAAUAGCAAAUGCAGAUAUAGAAGGCUCCAAUCAACUAUCCGAUUCUUAUCUAAAUUCCGCAAUUUUGGGUUGCACCGUAACACCGAAACCGAUGCUAAAUGAUUCCAAUCCUUUUACAUUCACCUUAUUUCUUAAUAAGGCCAAUUUUACUUCAGCUUAUCAACCAACAUGCGUAUUUUGGGAAUUUGCUGCCAAUUCCGAGAGCUCUGGAAAUUGGUCAGAUCGUGGUUGUAGCGUUGUCUAUUGGAACCAAACACAUACACAUUGUCAAUGUAAUCAUUUAACGCACUUUGCAAUAUUAAUGCGCAUUACAAAAGCUGAGAUUUCUCAAGAACAUUUAGUUAAUUUGGAUAUACUAACAUAUAUCUGCUCUGGUACUUCAAUUAUCGCAUUGUUUUUGUCUAUCAUUAUCCUAUCUAUGGUUCGGUAG